AUGAGCACUGGGGGUAAAAUCAAAGUCGAUGAACAUUACCCUACAGAAGCCGACGACCCGCCCUUAUAUGACAUUAAGAAGAUCGAGAGCAUACGUUCAAAUGUGAGAUUCGAACAAUGCUAUGAAAGUAGUGAGCUUAUCGGAGAGUAA